AUGGUGAUUAGGACUCUAUGUCACAGAGCCAACACCAUAGUGUCAGAUCCACAGGAUUUAGAGACCGAGAAGUCCCACCUGACCCAAGCGUUAAAAACUUGUGGCUACCCCCAGUGGGCCAUCAACAAAGCGACCUGCCCAAAACCAUCCAACACCAAACCCUCAGCAGGAAGUCCAAGGGUGUAUUUGCAGGCAUGUCCAGACGGUUGGACGAGAAACAAGCAGUCAUGUUACCUGCUAGUGGAUACUCCAAAAACAUGGCAAGACGCCAGGGACGCAUGUCAUCAGCUCCAGGCAGAUCUAGCCAGCCUUACUACCGCAGAUGAACAGACUUACAUGGCAGCACAGGUCGACGACACCUACUGGUUCGGUCUGUCUGACAUUGUGGCUGAAGACGACUGGCAGUGGGAGGACGGCACGAACUAUGACCCUACAGUCACCAACUGGAACUCAAAUGAGCCAAACAACAUGAACGAUGAGGACUGUGCCGAAAUCGGGUCUCAUGCAUGGGGUUGGAAUGACCAGGCGUGCACAGAUAGAAAUGGAUACAUCUGUGAGAUACAAACAGAUUAA